UAAACGUUAACAAAUUUUUUAUUGGAACUUUAAACACUUCAUUGAUAGACAGUUUGAAUUUUAAGUAAAACUUAAUGAACCAAGAAAAAUUUAUUACCCGGCAAUCACUCAUCACAUACAUUUUAAAAUUUUACCAAGUUGAAUAAUUUAACCAAAACAAAAUAAUACUUGGAAAGUGAAUGCAAUCAAGCAUAUCGGUGGAGAGCGUUUUUAGUUUGAUACUUUAAGACUAUAAUGCCAUCGUCUACAGAUACUAUUUCCCAACACAAGAAAAAAGGUGGUGGAUUCCUUAAGAGACAAGCUGCUAAAUCGACAAAAUCUGAUAUGACUGAAGAACAGCUGCUUAGGAAGAAAUCUAUAAUUGUACCUGAAGACGUAUCCCAUUUGAAUAGAGCUACUGAAAACUAUCUUAUUGAUGGACGCAAUAAUGAGUUUAAAAUUAACUUUACUCGCUUUAAAAUUCGGGAUAUUGAAACAGGAGAAGUUCUUUUUGAAAUAUCAAAACCAGAUGACGAGAGUGAUGAUGGGUUAGAUUACGAUGAAAGUGAUGAUGAUUCUGGAAGAUUUGUUCGGUAUCGUUUUUCAGAAGACUUUUUAAAGCUUAAAUCUGUUGGAGCAACAAUUGAGUUUACUGUUGGUCCAAAACCUCUAGAAAAUUUUCGUAUGAUUGAGAGGCAUUUUUUUAGAGAUCGAUUGCUAAAAAGUUUUGACUUUACAUUUGGGUUUUGUAUGCCGAAUAGCAAGAACACAUGUGAACACAUAUAUGAGUUUCCAAGUCUAACACAAUCAGAAAUUGACGAAAUAGUAAGUUCACCUUAUGAAACACGUUCUGAUAGCUUUUACUUUGUCAACAACCGGCUUGUGAUGCACAAUAAAGCUGAUUAUGCAUACGAUGGGUGAUUUCAGCAUUUUGGUUUUUUAAUAUUUUUUAGUAAUAGAUUUUAUUGAUAGAUUUUGUAUGCAUUGAAUGAUCUAAUCACCGUCGAAUGCUACUGUUACCCAAAGAUUCUGGUAUUCAAUGAUCUUCAAAAGUUUUGUGCUGUCUUUCUGUUAACUUUUUUUAACGAAUGAUUUACAGGUUUAGUGGCAAAUUCAAUUACGCAAUUUAUAAUCAUUUCACACUCGAGAUGUUUAAAUGAGAUCUGUAAUAAAAAGAAAAACCUAUUUUUUUUUUCUGAAAGUUUUUAGAUCUUGUCUCAUUAUAAAUUUUAGGUUAAAAAGGUUGUUGUUUUAAUAAGUUUUUAUACUUUUAUAAUCUUUGAAAAUAUUACAAUCAACAGAAAUAUUUAUUUAAAAAAUAAUAAUUAUUAAAAACGUCCAUAAUUUUCAAAAAAAGUUGAGCUUCACGCGUUUUUUCUUUUGUUUAUUUAUAUUGUUUAUCUAUGAUUAAUUAUUUUGCAAAAUAAUUGUUCUGCAAGUUAUUUACCUGUUGUUUGUAUUUUGGAAAAAAUGUAUAUAGCACUAUUGUAACCUUUAAUUUAUAAACAAUAAAGAUUUUUAUUUUA